AUGGUAUCGACAAAGGUGGAUGGUGAAGAGACCGCAACACCAACAGUUGGAAAUGGUGGCAACUUCACAAAUAAUGGAUUUGAAGAGAAUUGA